UGUACCAUGACCACUAUCAAGAAUGGCAAAGAAUAAACGAUGUUAAUCGGCAAACUGGCAUUAUCACAAUCGUGAACUUGUAGACUAUUCUAUCUAAUCAUGUGAUUUUGCUGUCAGCCACCGGCUGGGGAAAAUUAGAAUAUUAAUCAGCGACGGUUUUGAAUCCAUUUCAUUUUUCAGCAGACUGUUUUGUUUUGCAACCUGCAAUUAUUCGAGGAUGGCGCUUUUCUGGAUAGCCGCAUCCCUGGCGGGACUUGUUGGUUAUUUCGUAUAUGACACGUAUCGCAAAAGUCGGUACUGGCCUGAAAAGGGAAUUCCAUCGCUGACACCAGUCCCGUUAUUAGGCAGUCUGCUGGAUGCAAUGCGGACGGGACAAAGCGCCUUCGAUUUCAAAUGGACAAAAAAACUAGGACGGAUCUUUGGAUACUUUGAUGGGCCAACUCCAGUCAUCGUCACUUCUGAUCUUGAGAUGUUGAAAAACAUCUUGGUGAAAGAUUUUUCCCACUUCGUUAACCGACGAGAUUUCGGAGUGAGUGGACCAGUUAUGGAGCUGAAUCUGACUGAAAUAAAGGAUCAACGUUGGAAGGACAUACGUAGUGUCUUACUACCGGCUUUUACUUCCGGCAAAUUAAAGCAGAUGAACAACUUGAUCAAGGAAUGUUGUGAUGAUCUUUUGAGGAAGAUCGAUCAAUUCGCUGUCAGUGGCCAAGAAUUCUCGGCAAAAGAGUUAUACGGUCGGUUGACCUUAGACGUCAUCGCUACGACCUUCUUCGCAACCAAGAUUAAUUCCCAAGAAGAUCCGAAUAGCAGUUUUGUAAAGCAUGCCAAGAAGAUUUUCGAGUUUUCGUUUACCGAUAUGUCGGUCUUCCUUGCCAUGCUUGUCCCAAAACUAAAGCCGGUGAUGAAGUUUUUAGGAAUGCAGAGUUUCGAUAAAACGGCUACUGAUUUCUUCGUCAGAAAUACAGAGCAGAUAAUUCGGCUACGAAAAGAAUCCAAGCAGAACCGACGCGAUUUCCUCCAACUGAUGCUGAACUCCAUGAAAUCGGAUGAAGCCGUUACCGACACCAAGCCAACCCAAACCGCAACCAUGGUCCAUAACGAAGUCGAAUCGGACGUGGCGUCGGCCGCCAUGGCACUCAGUGGCAGUCAAGAGAAACCUCUCUCCCAUUCCAACUAUAAACUUUCCCUCGAAGAGCUUGUGGCGCAAGCCAUUAUCUUCUUCCUGGCCGGUUAUGAAACAACGGCCACCACACUAACCUUUAUGACCUACUGCUUGGCCACCAAUCCAGAUAUUCAAGAGCGUUUGCAAAAGGAAAUUCGAACGGUCUUAGCCGGUAAGGACACCAUCGAGUAUGAUGAUCUGGCGGAGAUGACGUACCUGGAUCAGUGUGUCAAUGAGACGCUGCGACUGUUUCCACCGAUAUCCCGAUCGGAGCGCUCAUGCAAUGCAGAAUGGACAUACGAAGGAGUCACGUAUGAAGAAGGCACAAUUGUAGCGAUACCAAUCUUUGCUAUCCAUCGGGAUCCGGAGAACUGGCCCGAACCUGAAGUUUACAAUCCCGAAAGAUUUUCCAAGGAAAACAGAGCAAAUAUCAAGCCGUAUUCUUUCAUGACGUUUGGCCAAGGUCCGCGCAAUUGUAUCGGGAUGCGGUUUGCUUUGUACGAAAUCAAGAUGGUGAUGGCUAGUAUUUUGAAGAACUAUCGUUUUGUCCAGAGUUCAAAAACCCAGGUGCCGUUGGUGCUGAAAGACGAGGUUGGCUUUAUGUCUACGGAGAAGGGCGUCUGGGUGAAGGUGGAAAAACUGUAGCGAACUGCAGUACAGUUACUUCUGAGAAAUAUUACUGCAGUACAGUUACUACUAACAAAUGUGUGUGCAGAAGAAAGGAACACGUUAAUACGGGUGAUUACUGUGGAUUCCCAUUAAAAGUGCUUUCAAAUGUUCGUUAUUAUUGUGCCGUGUAGGCGUACAGUUGGCAUAAUUGUUCCCCAUCAUGUUAUUGUACAUGUAUAUUAGCCAGGCAUUAUUUUCGCACCGAUGCCGAUGCUUUUACGUUCAGUCAAUAAUUUUGAGAAAUAAUUCAUGUUUAAUAAUCUUCGAUGAUAAUUAUUUUAUGAUGCUCACUAUAGAUGUGGCGGUUUCGUUUUGCAGUCCAUAUCGGUUCAGUUUAUCGUCACGGAGCAAUUAAAUACGAUUAAGUUCACCUAUGACAA